AUGAAGUUACAGUGUGAGGUUUGUGAGAAGGCAGAGGCAGAGGUGCUGUGUUGUGCAGAUGAAGCUGUAUUAUGUCGACGAUGCGAUGAGAAGCUGCAUGCAGCGAACAAGCUUUCCAGAAAACAUCCGCGCGUCUCUCUCCUUAAACAUCCACCUGCUUACUCCUCUCCCUCCUCUUCUCAGCUUCCUUUAUGCGAUAUCUGCCAGGAGAGGAACGGGUAUUUCUUCUGCUUGGAGGACAGGGCAAUACUCUGCAGAAACUGUGACAUAUCAAUCCACAAUACGGCAAGUUCCAUUGUGUCUUCCCAGCAGCGGUUUCUCAUUGGAUUGGAGGCAUCAAAGUUGCCCUUGAAUCCACAACCACUGAAAAUCCGGGUUUUAAGGAAGGAAUUGAUUACCAGAGGUUGA